AUGACGCAUCACAAACCAGGAAAUGCAUCUUGCAAGGUCUCCGGGCGGUCAGGCAGAAGCGGUGCAGUGCAAAAUCUCCACUUCGUAAGUAAAGCUGGCUGGGAGUUUCUCCGAGCAGGUCUUAGGGAGGAUGCGAACUGCCAAAAGAGCGCCACCAAAAGCUUGGGCAAAGGUGGUAGCCUCAGCAGUUUUGAUUUAGCCAGGGAUGGUGCCGAGAAAGUGGACAAGCAGCCAGAGAUGCCGCGUUUGGGUGCCAUGCAUGGGUGGCGCGGCGGCAACAAGAGAGAUGCCUUGUCGACACUACAUUGGCGUGGGCAGCUUCCGCCGCCGCCCGACUGGAGGCCAGCGGCAAGUCUCGAGGACUUCUUGGCACGGCAACGGGACCAUUGUAUCAAGGCCUUUGGCGACCUGUGCGCAAAGAUGCAUGACUAUGCUUUCACCUCUGUGACGCUGACAGAUCACCCGGAGUAUGGAUUUCAACAUGGUCUGACGAAUGCACUGGACGCUACGGGAACACCCUUGAAUGAGAAGGAGGCGCGACAGGCAUUGAAAUUCUUGUCAACGAGCGGCAAGGACUUUGAGCUGGUUCUUGUGAAGACAGACUUUUAUGACUCUUGA